AUGAACUCAACGAACUCUUUAACUUCAGACUUCUCCUCACUCGGUCUAACGGUAAAGUCUGACGCAGAGCGGUACCCCUUGAUAUCAUGGUGUCUGAUCGCUGUACUGGGGAGUCUCACCGGGAACACCAUCAUCCUCCUCUCCACCAUCAGAUAUAAUGCCAUCAGGCUGGACAAGAUAAGCGUGCUCUUGAUCAACAACAUAGCUGUCAGUGACAUUGCAAUGGCAGUGUUCGCAGUGCACCCCACUCUUGUGUCGCUGAUAUACAACCGGUGGCCGUACGGUGAGACCAUGUGUUACAUCCACCACUUCCUGCAGGUACCAACCUACCUAUCUGCUGUCUACUUGAUCUGUGCCCUGCACCUCAGCAAGCUCCACAACCUUCUCUACCCCUUCCAGUCAAUAAGUCGGACCAGGAGAUCUGCUUACUUGAUCAGCGCCGUCGCCUGGCUCCUUUCCGCAGUCACGCCUCUGGUACAGAUAGCCACGGACCGACGUGACGUCACUUUCGACUACAGGAUCUACAGGUGCAAGUACGGGUUUAGAGCCCCAGUUUGGCAGUGGUUGCUAGCUCCCAUGUCCACAGUUGUCACCGUGCUUCCGAACAUCAUAGUUGUCGGGACAACUAUAGCUCUGUUGGUGAUUGUUAAGAAGGCUAAAGGAAGGACAAAUAAGCAGGGCGCCAUCACUGCCCUCUACAUUGGGUUUGUUUAUCUUCUGGCGAACUCUCCUGUAGCCUUCUACACUACCAUCUACAUGAACAUUUCUCAUCUGAUGUCUCCUGGAGCAAGAGGUUUCUUCGACGUUAACGUUUAUGGAUUUGCUUAUUUUGUGCUGUUUAUUAAUUGUUUCACGAACGGAUUUGUUUAUUAUCGUUCGGUUAAUAGUUUCAAGAUAUUUGUCAAGCGGGUUGCUCUUGCUGGAGUUAGUCGAAUGAGUUUUCGUCAAGUUGUGACACCAUUUGUGAAAGGGGAUAUUCAACUCCAAACUCUAAAUAGGCCUACUAACAUUUAA